UUUCAUAAAGAAUUCCACAUGGUGUGAUAAAGCUUUACUAAAUAACUCUGGAAUUAGUGUGGCCUCUUCUUUAACAAACGAAAAUAUGUCUUCUGACCCAUAUCAAAAAGGAUUCACGAAGAGAGCUAGAACUGCUUAUACAAGUUCACAGUUAGUAGAACUUGAGAACGAAUUUCAUCAAAACCGCUACCUGUGUCGCCCUCGUCGCAUCGAACUGGCAAAUUACUUACAUCUAUCUGAGCGUCAGAUUAAGAUAUGGUUUCAGAAUCGACGGAUGAAGUAUAAAAAAGAUAAUAAACAUAACAAGCCAUCAUCAUCAGUCGAUGACAGCAGUCCGUCUACAAGCUCCAAAGAAAUGUCACCAAGCCAUCAGGACCAUAAAUUAAGUCACGGAAGAAGCUGCGGAGGACAUGAUAGACAUAGAAGAUUAAUAACAGACGGUCAUACAAGCCAUAAAAUAUACCUCACCGCAAAUGAUACCGUUAUGCGUCCGCCAGAAUAUCCCCAGAUUAAUUCCCUUAAAUCAAUAAUUAAAACUACUCAAAACGCAAUGGACUUGCCGUCCUACACGCCUAACCUUACUUACUCAACGUAUUACGCAGCAGGUACUUCAAGCGGCAGGGCCUCUUACUCACCAGUAUCAGAGGUUUAUCGGUACAAUGCCGAUGAAUCAUUGCAACCGAAUUCUAGUGCGCUAUCUACGCUGACAUCGGACAGCUAUGUACCCAACGGUAUAAGUAUUAAGUUGGGAGAUGAAAUGUCCCGCUACCCUACAAGUGCCGCAUCGUACUAUAAUUCACUAUCGGCAACAAUGCUGCCGUCUACGUCAGAUAUUUACGCUUAUUCUACAGGCAUUCCAUCAAUAUCUACGCACUCAUAUGAAGAAAACCUUCAAAACAGACCAAAUAUUUCUUUAAACCAAGACGCGUACUUUUCAUAUCUUCCAACAACAGAUAGUUCUAGUCAGAACACGUCUGCCGCAUCGAAGUUUUCGUCUUCAUACAUAUCGUUGUAAUUUAUGGAAUAGCAAGAAUUGUAUCGUACUUUUAAACCAAAAAGAUAUGAGAAUAAAUAUAUGUAAAAUAUUUUUUUUAUUUCCACUUAAUACUUUAU